AUGAUUGCCAACACUCUGACCGUCCUCGCGAUCAACGCGCUGAUCGGCCUCUCCCAGGCUGCCCUCACCAACAGCACCGAGUGCGCCGACGUCCACUUCAUGCUGGCUCGCGGCACCACCGAGAGCUACCCCGGAACGACCUACACCAUGGCGGAGUUGGCGGCGGCAAACAUGACUACUCUAAGCUCUAACUACGAGAACAUCAUCUAUCCUGCCGUCAGCGAGACCGGCUCGGACAGCUACUUCGUUGGGCGGGCAGCAGUCGGCAGCCAGGUCAACCGCUAUGCCGCGGCGUGUCCUCGCUCGAAGAUCGUCCUGAUCUCCUACUCUCAGGGUGCCAUGAUUGUGGGAGACGCUCUUGCUGGCGGUGGUGGCGAUUCGACCCUGGGCAACGCGACCGAGCCGCUGAUCUCGGAGGAGGUCUCGAAGCAUAUUGCUGCGAACGUCUACUACGGCAAUCCCCGCCACGCCCCCUACCAGCCUUACAAUAUGGGUAACAACACCUGGAACGUCACCGGAAAAUACCCCCGCCUCGACUACCAGGUCAACUACCUCCACGACCGUUACCGCCACGUCACCGCGGACUGGUGCAACAACGGUGAUGGCGUCUGCUCCCCCUCCGAGGGCGCCGACAGCCUGUCACUUCACAUGGCGUACGCGAGUGACUAUGACCCGAUCGCCGCCGCUUGGAUCGUUGAGAAGCUUGGUGCCUAG